CAGGCCAUGUCUGUCUAGGAGCCCUCUGGCUCGAGUGCUCCUUCCUCCAACUGCGAGUUUCCUUGGGCUGUAAAGGGGUCGACAGAGGUACUUCUGGCCUUGGAGUCACCCAACUAGGGGGUGGCUUUUCUCUCCCAGCGUGCUCAUGUUCCAUGACAGAGCACAGCCAGAGGUCGGGCAAGGCUCCUACACAAACAGGUGAGGAGACAGAGCCCGUUCACAGGAGGAUGUGUCCAUGGUGUUUUGCAGACACAUGACCACAAGAGAAAGGCCAUCCACAAGUAGGUGGACACAAGAGCAGGUGGCCACUGUUGUGUCUCUGUCUCUAGGGUAAGCAACUUGUGCAGGAGUAAGAGGGGCCAAGAUAGUGAAAAGGGACCUUUCUCUCCCCUAGCCAUGUUUCCUUGACUUCUGUUAGCCUCCCAGUGUUGACUCAUCCCCCACCAAGACAGAGAGAGAGAGAGAACAAGAAAGAGAGACAGAGAGAGAUAGAGUAGUAGAGAGAAAGAGACAGAGACAGAGACAGAGACAGACAGGGACAGAGAGAGAAACAGGGAGAGACAGGGAGAGAAGCUGAGAAACACAAAGACAGAAACCGAGACUAACAGAAGCAGACAGACAGACUGGAACAGAGAGAGACAGAGACAGAAACAGAGACAGAGACAGAGACAGAAACAGAAACAGAGAGAGACAGAGAUAGAAACCAAGAGAGACAGUGACAUACAGAGAUAGAGACAGAGACAGGAACAGAGAGAGACAGAGACAGAAACAGAAACAGAGAGAAACAAAGGGAGACAGAGACAGAGAGUGACAGAGACAGAAAAAAAAGGAAAGAGAGAGACAGACAUAGUUGGAGAGAGACAUAGAAACCAAGAGAGGCUGAGAUACAGAGAGAGACAGAUACAGAAACAGAGAGACAGAGACAGAGACAGGGAAAGACAGAGAUGGACAAAGAGACACACAGACAGAGACAGACAGAGACAAAGACAGAAAUAGAGACAGAGACAGAGAGAGAUAGAAACAGAGAGACAGAGAUAGAGACAGAGAGAGAGAGAGACAAAGAUAGAAACAGAAGGAGAAAGAGACAGAAACUGAGAGAGACAGAGACAGAAAGAGAGUCAGAGACAGAGACAGAGACAGACAGGUACAGAGAGAAACAGAAAAAUACAGAGAGACAGAGACAGAAACCGAGAGAGACAGAAAUUAACUCAGUCCUGCCCUGUCUCCAGUGUCUGGGGCUCAGGCCUCUCUGUCUCCAGCAGCCAUGGCAAACACACAAGGUCGAGACAUCUUUCCACCCAGCUGCUCCAUCAUCUUCCUCCUCCUGCAGCUUCUGUCCUGCAGCCUCUCUGCAAACGGAAAAGCCGAUUUCUCUGUCUCUGGUCCCGGCCAACCGGUCCUGGCUAUGGUGGGGGAAAGUGCGAAGCUGCAAUGCCAUCUGUCCCUCAAUAUCAGUGCGGAGGACAUGGAGGUGAGGUGGUACAGGGAGGAGCUGUCCCCAGCCGUGCACCUGAGCAAGAAAGGCAGGGACAUGCCUGAAGAGCAGAUGUGGCAGUAUAAGGGCAGGACGACCUUCUGGACGGCUGGCCUGGCCAAGGACCAAGCUGUGCUGACCAUACACAACGUCACCGUGUUCGAUAACGGGACCUUCCACUGCAAGUUCAAAGACAGCACAGGGUCUGCAGACGCCACCCUGUGGCUGAGAGUGGCAGGGCUGGGCUCUGAGCCCAGAAUCCAAGUGCAAGCUGGCCGGGAUGAAGGUAUCAGGGCAGAGUGCACCUCGGAGGGCUGGUACCCAGAGCCCCGGGUGGAGUGGAGAGACUUCAGGGGACAGACCCUACCUUCCACGACCAACCUCACAGUGUUACCGACGGGCCUCUUUGCGGUGGUGUCCAAUGUGACUGUCUGGGACAGGGGCAUGGGGAACAUCUCUUGCUCUAUCUCCAACCCCCUCCUCCAGGAGAGGAUGGAGACCAAGAGCCACCUACCUGACUCUCUUUUAGCUCAGGUGCCCAAAAGUUUCCCAUCAAUGGCAUGGAGGGCAGUGGUGCCUGUGAUCCUCAUUGUGGUGGGGCUUGUAGCAUGUCUUGUGGCAGGAGCCACCUGUCUUUUCUGGAAACGUCAGAGGGACAGGAAUAGGGUGCAGCUGGAAGAAGAGAGACUGAACAGAGAAGAGGAACAGCUGCCCCAAGGCUGGCCAGAGGACAUCAUCUAUGUGAGCCCAUCCCUGGACCCCAACACUGCAAGCCCCAAGCUCGCUCUCUCUGAGGACAGGAAGACUGUGAGGCAGCUGUUCUUUGAACAAGAGCUGCCCAACGCCCCCAGCAGAUUCGACCGGGACCCCUGUGUGCUGGGCCUGGAGCAGUUCUCAGCUGGGAGGUAUUACUGGGAGGUCCAGGUGGGGCACAGGAAGACCUGGAACCUAGGCGUGUGUCUGGAGAGCUUGGAUUGGACGGGAAGGAUCCUCAAGGCCCCCCAGCCUGGACUCUGGGCCCUGGAGCUGUACAAGAAGGGGUUCUGGGCGCUUGGCUUCCCAAGAGUUCACCUGCACCCUUCGGAGCCCCUGUAUCGUGUGGGCGUUUUCCUGGACUGUGAUGCAGGCAGAAUGUCCUUCUACAGCAUGGGCAAUGGAUCCUUCAUCUACGCGUUCUCUGGACUGUCCUUCUCGUCACCCCUGAGGCCAUUCCUCUGCCUCUGGACACACGACCCCAACCCCCUGACCAUCUGCUCAGAACGGCAGCCCCCAGAGGCCUUGGGGCCUCCUCAGGGUGAGGGACAGGACAGGUGGGAACCCUCCUCCAGCAAGACCCAUGAUCUCUCUGCUCCAGCCUGUCACCGAUUUGGGGGAGAUGUAUCCAUUCUAAGUCCCAGCUAGAUCACAUACAAGGCUAAACCUUUCUGAAUAAUCCCCUAUUACCUUCAUUUUCUUUCCCUGUAAAAUACUGGCAGUAUAUUAUGGGCUGAAUCAUGUCCCCUCCAGUUCACAUGUUGAAGCUCCAACCCCCAGGGCCUCAGAAUGGGGCUAUAUUUGGAGAUGGGGUCUUUACAGAGGUGGUUCAGGUAAAAGGAAGUCACUAGGGUAGGCCCUGAUCCCAUCUGAUCCCAUGUGACUGGGGUCCUUAAUAGAAGAGGGGAUCAGGGCGUGGACACACACAGGGGACAACCGUGUAAGGACAUGGGGAGGAGAUGGCAUGUGCACACCAGGGAGAGAGGCCUCAGGAGGAACCAGCCCUGCCACACCUGGAUCUCAUGCUUCCAGUUCCCAGGACUGGGAAAAAAUAAAUGCGUUGUUUAAACCUC